AUGGCGACUGAAUGGAAAGAAAAGAUGGAAAAACGGCAGGAAGCGAGGAUUUCGGAAUUGGAGCGGAAGAAACAAGAAAGAGCUGAACGAAUAAGACCUGAGGAAAAUCCUGAGCUUUUGCUCUCCGUAUUUGUGAAAGAAAAAGCAGCGAUAGAGAAUAUGUUGUGUGAUUUAGACGGCCUUGAAAGAAGUGUUUUGCGUGACCGUCUGGAUGAUGCGACGAAGUUGUUUCAAAAACUUCAGAAAUUUGUGUCGGAUUCAUUCACGUUUCUGCCUUCUUAUGAUGUUAAGAAUAUGCAAGCUGAAAUAAAGAAGCUUCAGCAGGAACUGAAUGAGAAACGAAGUAGUUUAAUGCCAAAGAAAAAGUUUGCUUUCAGUAAGAAAAAACCGAAUGAAGAAAAUGAGAAGACGAACUUAAAGGCGGACGUAGGGUUGAAUGAACUCACUGACAGCUCAAAUACUUCUACAGCUAAAGAAACUAAGCAAAAAUCUACAGAUGCACAAGACAGCGUGUGUUUCAGACAACAAAUCGUGAGACAUGAAAAGGACUUGUUGGAAAAAGAUAUCAGUUUUUCAAAUUUAAAGGAGUGUACUUUGACUUUGUACGGAUCUCCUUUGGCUUUACAUCUUGAGAAGUUAGAAUCAUGUAAAGUAUUCUGUGGUCCUGUGAGUGGCUCAGUUUUUAUCAAUAACUGUAAAAACUGUGUAUUUGUGUUCCCAUGUCAACAGUUACGUGUUCAUGAUACUGUUAAAUCACAGUUCUACUUGCAUGUAACCAGUCGAGCGAUCAUUGAAGAUUCUAAUGAGUUAGGAUUCUCACAGUUCAACUGGAAGUAUGAUGGAAUGGAUGAUCAUUUUGAGACAAGCAGAUUGGAUCGUACAAAAAAUAAUUGGCAGUUUGUGGAUGAUUUUAACUGGUUAAAAACUGAGGAACAUUCUCCAAACUGGCACAUCAUUAGUGAUGAACACAAAGUGACUUCUUGGAAUGACUAGAAAUUACUUUUUGGUUUCUUGACAUGAAAAUUAGUUUUAUAAGGUGAUAUAUAUGUAUGUUUAUGUAGACAUUUCAAUGUUGCAAGAGGGGAGAAAGACUAUGAUUUAUGAUACAUUUAUUUAUGGUGACAUUGUGUGAAUAUGGUAAAUGAACACAAGCAAUGCUUUAAAUUAUUAUUGCACAAUAUUCCCAAAAUGAAAUGUAUUCAAACCUGAAAAUUCUCAUUCUUCAUGUGGAACAAAUCCAGGAAUGUAUUUGUAAGUGGAAUGCAGGGAACAAAAACGUUUCAUAUGCACUUUCAUCUGCAUCAUCUUCUCAUUAUUCUGAAGAGUGCAAUGUAGAGAAAUCAA